GGUUCAUAAAAAAAAAAAAACUUGUUCGUUGAUUCAACGUUAAGUUGGCGAAAGUUUUGUUAAUGUUAGCAAACUUCGGCUCGCAGAAGACAUGACAUUUUCUAUCUGUUUGCAUCACAAGUUUGCACGCGGCACGGCACUGGAAGCUCGCAACGCCGACCCCCUGCACUGCUGCUGUGUGUGUCUUGCUGGUGACAGUGACAUAAUUUAUUUUCCUGCAGGACACCGCUACAACUUUGUCUUCCACACGAGGCUUCCCUAAUACAGUGUAAAUGGAAGUGACUGAUGUCCUGAGACUAAGGGUCAUCCUUGAUGAUGUCAAUGCUGAGAGGCUUAUUUUGCCCUCUCGUCCUGAGACUGUAAAUGCCCUCAUAAUUGAGAUAAAAAAUAAGUUGAACCUAGCCUAUGACUUUCGGCUUCAGUUUCAAGACCCAGAAUUUGACAAUGCCCUAUGCAAUUUAGAAAACAUCAAGGACCUACCAUCCAAGGCAACCAUUAAGAUAGUUAGAUAUCUUGAGCCAGAUCUCAGUUCAACCAGCACAGAUGAUACACUGUUGUCUGAUAACACAGAUUCACUAGAUCGUCUUUGCCGAUGGCCAGAAAUCUAUGUUAUUCCAACAUUCUCCUACGAGGUGGAGCAUGCUCUAAGAGAGGGCAACUAUGCAUUUGUCAAAGAGGGGAAAACUCUAAGCUUGACUAGGGAUCAAAAACACAACAUACUGGAUGGAAUGGCUGCUGAAAUAUAUAAGCAUAAAGCAUAUCCUAGUACCAAAAAUAUUCUCAUGGCUGCAGAGGCUCUGGUGAGCAAACACCCCUGCCUAAAAGAAAAAGGUUCCGGAACAGGGUAUGAGGGUUGGAAGAACAGCCUGCGCUUCAAGAUGGGCAACUACAGGACCAAACUGAGCAGGGCUGGCAUAAAGGAUGUGGCUGUGAAUGCCGGAAAACGCAGCAGGACCUAUCCAGAAGGUGCAGCAUCCAGGGCCAAAAUCAAAAGACCCAGAAGAGGAGAAAUAAACUUCAUGCCCAAUUAUCCCCAAGGAGAAACAAAGGACACACUGGAGAACCUGAGGCUUGAGAUGGUGGAGCAGUUCAAGAAGACAGUGACUGAUAGAGACAUGAUUAUCAUCCAUCAACAUAUGCAGCGUACCUUUGCACUCAGGCGUGAAGAAAUUGUGAAUUCAGCUCCUCCCAUUGCUGAAUUGAAAGAAGAUGGCCUGCACUCUUUUGUGAAGCCCAACUCUACAGUGAAUUCCACAGGAUCACCAAUCAAAAUCUACCGUAUUCCUUCUAUGCUGCACUUGACAAGUACACACCUCAGCUGUUGAAGCUCUACAAAAAGAGGAAGACUGGAAGUUUUGGUGAGAAGAUGGAAGACGUUUUGAGGGCAUAUGAGGAACAGGACAAGAACAACAUCACUGCAGCUCGAACAGCAGCCCUUGGCUGGCCUACCGCUGUACUUAAAGGAGGAUUCAUCAGAGGUCUUCAAAACCUGCAAGGAUGAGUUGGAGUCAAUCCAGGAUGGAGCAGUGGCUCUGGUGGCAGUGGUGAAUGAAGAGGAUGUGCCUGCUGGAGUUCCCUUUGAAAGUCACCACGUGUCAAUUGUCCUUGAGGAUCAGGUUGUAAUGUCUUGGACUGAUUCAUUGGUGAUUUUGUUUGGAAUGAUCUAUGCUCUUCAUUUGAGCUAUUCGAGAAGCUAAGUGGC